GAGCCGGGGCGGGGCUAGGCGGGCUGCCGGGGGCCUGACUAGGUAGGAGGCAGUGAAGCGCCGGCGGCGGCCUGAGGUAACCGUAGCCAGUGGCGGAAGUAGUUGAAGCGGGCAGAGCGGGCGGGCGGCAAGGCAAGGCUAGAACUGCGCAAGGCCCUACACGGCCUCCUCAGCAUGUCGGACUUCGAAGAGUUCGAGCGGCAGCUUAACGAGAAUAAACAAGAGCGGGACAAAGAGAACCGCCACAGGAAGCGCAGCCACAGCCGCCCUCGAAGCCGGGACCGCAAGCGUCGGAGCCGGAGCCGGCACCGGCGCAACCGGGACCAGCGGAGCUCCUCCCGAGACAGGCGGCGACGAAGCAAACCUUUGACCAGAGGCGCUAAAGAGGAGCACGGUGGGUUGAUUCGUUCCCCCCGCCAUGAAAAGAAGAAAAAGGUCCGUAAAUACUGGGACGUGCCGCCCCCUGGCUUUGAGCACAUCACUCCAAUGCAGUACAAGGCCAUGCAAGCUGCAGGUCAGAUUCCAGCCACUGCCCUUCUCCCCACCAUGACCCCUGAUGGUCUUGCUGUGACUCCCACGCCGGUACCUGUGGUGGGGAGCCAGAUGACCAGACAGGCCCGUCGCCUUUAUGUGGGCAAUAUCCCCUUUGGCAUCACUGAGGAGACCAUGAUGGAGUUCUUCAACACCCAGAUGCGCCUGGGGGGGCUGACCCAAGCCCUUGGCAACCCUGUCUUGGCUGUGCAGAUUAACCAAGACAAGAAUUUUGCCUUUUUGGAGUUUCGUUCAGUGGACGAGACUACCCAAGCCAUGGCCUUCGAUGGCAUCAUCUUCCAAGGCCAGUCACUGAAGAUCCGCAGGCCUCAUGACUACCAGCCGCUGCCUGGCAUGUCAGAGAAUCCCUCUGUCUAUGUGCCUGGAGUUGUGUCCACUGUGGUCCCUGACUCUGCCCACAAGCUGUUCAUUGGGGGCUUACCCAAUUAUCUGAAUGAUGACCAGGUGAAAGAACUGCUGACAUCAUUUGGGCCUCUUAAGGCCUUCAACCUGGUCAAGGACAGUGCCACGGGGCUCUCCAAGGGCUACUCCUUCUGUGAGUACGUGGACAUCAAUGUCACGGAUCAGGCCAUCGCAGGGCUGAAUGGGAUGCAGCUGGGGGAUAAGAAGCUGCUUGUCCAGAGGGCAAGUGUGGGAGCCAAGAAUGCCACACUGAGCACCAUCAAUCAGACGCCUGUGACCCUACAAGUGCCGGGCCUGAUGAGCUCCCAGGUACAGAUGGGCGGCCACCCGACUGAGGUCCUGUGCCUCAUGAAUAUGGUGUUGCCCGAGGAGCUGCUGGAUGACGAGGAGUAUGAGGAGAUUGUGGAAGAUGUGCGGGAUGAGUGCAGCAAGUACGGGCUUGUCAAGUCUAUCGAGAUCCCCCGGCCUGUGGAUGGUGUCGAGGUGCCCGGCUGCGGAAAGAUCUUUGUGGAGUUCACCUCUGUGUUUGACUGCCAGAAAGCCAUGCAGGGCCUGACAGGCCGCAAGUUUGCCAACAGAGUGGUUGUCACAAAAUACUGUGACCCCGACUCUUACCACCGCCGGGAUUUCUGGUAGAGGUGGGCAGGGGAGGGUGGGGGCAGGGCUGGCUGGGGGCUUCUUCCUCCUCCUGAUCCCUUUUUUCCCUCUGAAGAUGAUGGGCAGAGGAGUGACAGUUGAAUGACAGCUGGCAGUAACUGGAAUGGCAGCAAUUAAGGGUGGGGAGGUGGGGGGGUGUCAGAUAUUAGGGCAGGGAGGGGACUGGGAAGUGUGCACACAGGCCCACUCAGACACACUCACCCACACAGACACAGAGGGAAGGGGUUGGGAUGGGGAUGGGUACACAGCAGUGUGGGUAGGACCCUCAUAGCCCCUCCCCAAACAGCCUCUCCUCCCUUGGAUCCUCCUCCUCUUCCCCAUGGUAGAAGUACGUUUAUAUUUUAUGGCCAAACUAUUUUGAAUUUUGUUGUCUGGCCCUCAGCACCCAGCCCUCCCUUUUACCAGGACCACAGCUCCAUUCCUCUAACCUCUGGUCCUCUCUGACCCCCUGGUUUCUUACAUAGUUGACAAUCUCCUCUUAAGUCUCCCGGACCUGUGCCCAGCCCCAUGGCCCCUGUCCCUGUCCUCCUCUCUGUGGCAGUUUCAUAUUUGCUAAGAUGAAUUUGCUCAUUAAACAUUUUGUUGUAUUUU